UCAACCUCCCCACAUCCUAUCUCCAUCUCCAUCUCCAAGCAUGAACUGAUCCGCCCCGUUCUCCCCCCCACUAUGUAUUGCCAGAAGUGCAGGUCGCCCUUAAAGCUGGAUGGCUCUCUUGAGUCACUUAAUCCAGCUGCGUUUGAGCUACUCAUAAACUCCACAGGCAGAACAAUACCCGAACAUGGCGCUGUGUCACCCGCUACGAGAACAUCUUAUCCUCCGGAACGACGAGAGCUUUAUGAUCGUGCUACAAAGAAUGCUUCGGCUCCAGUAUACAAGAGAUCUAUUCCUGGGCCCCGGUCGGACGGCCAUGGAAAACUCCCGGGUCUGCCUCGAGGCGAUAGCGGAAACAUGUCGUUCGUGGUGCUUACAGAAUCACAAUUUGUUCCUCCUCCAGUUGAGACCCUGUCUCAUCGCCCCAAGCAAUCGAGUAUUGGACAGGGCCAGGAUCAUACUCAUGAGGAAGCAUCGUUCUCCAAUCAAAUUGAACGGACUACACGCCUUUUCGAGAUUGUGUCUGCACGCUCGGAUAUCGACCACCCCAUCUGUGUAGAAUGUACCGAUAUGCUGGUAGAAGCACAACAGAAACGCCUAGGAGGUGCUACAAAGGAGCGUGAUGCCUAUAUAUCAUUCCUCAGAACCUUGAACGGGUCAGUUCCAACCGCCGACGAGCUAGAAUCAGCCGAGGAAUCACUCAAAGCCAGCUUGGAAGCUGAAAAAGAGGCCCUUGCAGAGCUGAAAGCGCUUGAGCAACAAAAGGCGGCCCUGGACAAGGACAUUGCCGGCUUGGAAGAGGAAUCGCAACAGCUGGACGAAGACGAAGAGGCGUUCUGGAGGGCUCGCAAUGGCUUUGCUCUGACACUCGCAGAGUUUCAAACCGAACGGGACGCGCUGAAUAUGCGGUACGACCAUGACUCGCAGCAGCUGGAACGACUACAAAGAACGAAUGUCUAUAAUGACGCGUUUUGCAUUGGUCAUGACGGAUAUUUUGGUACGAUUAACGGGUUGCGACUAGGCCGCCUCACUAACCCGUCGGUCGAGUGGCCCGAGAUCAACGCCGCUUGGGGCCAAACUUGUCUACUUCUGGCUACAAUCGCAGAGCGUCUCGGCUUUCAGUUCCAAGGAUAUCGGCUGAAACCACUGGGCUCCACUUCUCGGAUCGACAAGAUUGAGUAUCCCGUGCAUCCAAGCGGACCAGCUGCCACUGGACGGGGGACGCCCAAAGUCACCCAAUUAGACCUGUUUUCGACCGGAGAUCUGCCACUCAAUCUCCCUUGGCUGCAUCGCCGCUUUGAUGCAGGUAUGGUGGCGUUCCUCGACUGUCUACGCCAGCUCGGUGAAUUUGUCGAAUCGACCCCUGCCCCAGUCACAGCUGGACGUCGCGGCCAGACCGGUGCCACGGCCCCAGGGCUAAAAUUGCCAUACGAGAUUGUGCGGGAUCGCAUCAAUGACUCUAGUAUCAAGCUUGGGUUUAACCAAAGUGAUGAGACUUGGACUCGCGCCUGCAAAUAUACAUUGACGUGCUGUAAGUUUUUACUAGCGCAUGCGAGUAACGUCGCCAGCGCGGGCUCGACCAAUUCUGCUGUUGCGGCUGCAGCUGUGGCAGCUGCUGAACAGGCUCGACAAGGCCCCGCCAAAAGCCGACCCUGA